CUUUCUUAAACCCUAAACCCCCCCCCCCUUUACCAACCUACCCAUCAAGAUUUGGCCGGAAAAUCAGUAGAAAACCGUAAAUUUCAUCUUCCCCAAUUUCUCAUGCAAUCCACUCUUUACUAUGCACCUUCAAAUUCUCGUCAUUUCGCACUCCCGUGGAAAUCCCCAAAAACCCCUACUUCCAGAAACUCCCAUUUAUCUUCAAAAACCCUGACUUUAAACAAUUCACUAAGAACCCAAAUCACCUACGAGCUUGAAGGAGACGUAAACGAUGGGCUUGAGUCAUCAAACCCGGCCCAGCUCCCGAUAGCGAUACGGAGGUACGGAAAAGUUUCAAGGUUCUUCUGGGAUGGGAACCGUGUUAAGUUGCUUAGCAUCGAUGGCUUUGGCGGCGCUGGGGCGUCGUUUUGUUUCAAUUUGGAUAAGGUAGUUGAAGUUUCUAGCUUGGCUUUUAGGAACUUCUUCAUUCCAAAGCAAGUCAGUGAAAAUUAUAUGGGCUAUGUAAAGUGGAAGUUUUUGCACAGGGUUUUUAGCUCUGCUCUUCAAGUCCUUGCUACUCAGGCUAUGUUUCGGGCUAUGGGUAUUGGACAUUCUCAUUCACUUCCAUCAGCUGCUGCCUUUAACUGGGUAUUGAAGGAUGGACUUGGACGGCUAAGCAGGUGUAUUUAUACGGCUAGCUUGGCCUCUGCUUUUGACACUAAUUUGAAGAGAGUUAGGUUUUCAACAUCAUUGCUGUUCACUUUGAGCAUUGGAGUGGAGCUGCUCACUCCUUUAUUUCCUCAGCACUUCUUGCUUCUUGCAUCUUUAGCCAACAUUGCAAAACAAAUGAGCUUGGCAUGCUAUAUAGCAACCAGUUCCGCCAUUCAUCGAAGCUUUGCAAUAGCAGAUAACCUUGCUGAAGUUUCUGCGAAGUCACAGAUUCAAUCAGUAUGCUUUGAUAACCUCGGUCUCAUGCUUGCUGCUGCUUUGAAUAUGUUGCUCAAGAACAAUCAAAGAUUGCAAGCAGGCCUACCUUUCAUUGUAUACCCCUUUUUCUCAGCAGUUGACCUCUGUGGAAUAUACCAGGGGCUCAAGCACGUCCAUCUGCAAACUUUAACUAAGGAUAGACUUGAAAUUAUACUUGAUGCAUGGAUUGCAAUCAGACAUGUGCCUUCACCUGAAGAAGUGAGUAAAGAAGAAGACUUCAAUUUUAUAUGGAGCAAAGGCAAGGAGCCAUGGCGCAUCAGGAUAGGGUGCCUGAAUCCCAAGGGUCAAUUGCCUAAGUUAUCAAUGAUGACAAUGCAAUAUGUAGGUGACAAGGAUUAUUAUUUUGUAUGCAUGGAGAUCUUCUACCGACGAUUGGCAAGAACUAGAGAGCAAGGUAUCCUUCUUUGCUUACGUGAAGGGGCUUGCACAGCUGACAUUAUCAAGGGAUUGUUGCAGGCAUGCUAUGUUCGCAAGGCCCUCCGUUCAAGUAGUUGGGAAAGCAUGAUGAAGGCUAGUGAUUUCUCAGACUUAAUUCUCAAAGAGUGGUUUAAACUGAUAAAGGACAGCAAGCAACGUGCACAACUAGAAUUUGGCCCGUUGAAGGAACAAAUGGUAGCAGUAGGUUGGGCAAUAAAAAACAUUUUAUUGAACACAGAAGAGCAGGCACGAUACAGUUACAUAGAUGACUGAAAUAAAUGUUCCCCUGAAUCGGUUGCUCUCCUUAAACCAUUGGAGAGUUUUGGGGUUUGAACAGUUCGGUUCUUUUUCAUUUUAUAAAAGUCAACAAUACGCAUCAACCUAGUCACCAUAGCAAAUCUGUUUACACAGAUCUCAUUGUUUUGUUGUUAUUUUAGACAUUUAUGCUCAAUCAAUGUAAAUAGAAAAACCCUUACUGAUUUUUGUUUAAACAGCCUGAUACAUAAAUUUAUCAUUUGAGUGUGCUUCUAUC